AAUUCGAUUUAGAGGAUUUAUUUGGGACCGCUGGGCCACUCUCGCGUUCCUUAAUCAGGAAGCUGCUGUUGCCCAGUCUGACCGGGUCAUACACAAGCUUCAUCCAGCGAUUAGAUCAGAUCUUUGCUGUUGGACGACACGGACGGCCGACUACUUGGACCGAUGCCCGAGUUAUUUUAUGACCUAGUGUUUUGGGGAGGAAAAAAAAGGAGUGUCCCGAAAAAGAAAAGGAAGGUUCGGAUGGAAUCGGUAGAGAAAACUGGAAGAAAUCUCGCACCAUUUGGCACGAAAUCCACCAAGCAAGUUCGACGGCCAUAAACUAAACUAGUUCCACCCAGGAAACCGCUGCAGAAAUGCGCCCAGGGGGCGGCUGUCCACACCACAGCAGCACCGGGCCUGCCUCUCCGGUCUUCUCCCGUCAGGUCGUCUCGCCUCGUCCUGGUCGGCCCCAUUAAACCCCUUACCUUCUCUUCUCCUCCCUCGUCGGCUCGUGCGUUGCUUUCAAACAGACGGAAGAAGGUUAGCCAAGACCGCAGCUUUGGAAUCCACUCCGGUCCAGUCAUCCACCACCAUCGCCCGCCUCGUUCUGAUCGGCAGUCCGGCCGUCGGUGGCGGUAUUAUUCUGCGCUCGGUCUCGCCUGCUCGGCGCCGUGGCGCAACGGAACCUCCCAAUUUAAGGCUUCAAGCUCCAAUCCGGGGAUUCAAACAGUUUGUCCUGCGCGAUUUUGGUGAAUCUUCUGCUGGUGGUGGUGAGUUUUGAGCUUGAUUUUCUUGGGAUAUGGGGGAGGGCGUGAAGGCGCUGCUGGCGAAGCCGAUCAAGCUGGCGGACCAGGUGGCCAAGCAGUCGGGCUCCGGGCAGUGCCUCCGGCACGAGUGCAAGGAGCUGCGGGCGCGCGCGGAGAAGCUGGCGGAGGUGCUGCGGCAGGCGGCGCGGGCCGACCUGUACGAGCGCCCCGCCGAGCGCAUCGUGGCCGGCACCCUGCAGGCGCUGGCCAAGGCCGGCGGCAUGUCGGCCAGGUGCUUCGAGAGCCACUCCCGCCUCCGCCGCUUCCUCACCUUCAACCCCGUCUCCGGGUUCCCGCGCACCCUCGCGCUGCUCGACACCGCCGUCGAGGACGUCGCCUGGCUCAUCCGCAUCUCCUCCCCGCGCGCCGACGCCGACGCCAACGGCGCCCACGACGACGACGACGACCUGCGCGGCCUCCCCAACAUCGCGCAGAACGAGCCCAUACUCUUCCUCAUCUGGGACCACAUCGCGCGCCUCCACACCGGCAGCCUCGCCGUGCGGGCCGACUCCGCCUCCACCCUCGCCUCCCUCGCGCGAGACAACCCCCACUUCUCCAAGCUCAUCGUGGAGGAGGACGGCAUCGCGCCCCUCGUCAAGCUGCUCAAAGAAGGGACCGAUGACGGCCAGGAGGCGGCCGCCACGGCGCUCGGGUUCCUUGGGCGCGACGAGGGGAGCGUGGAGAAGCUUCUCCAUGCCGGGGUCUGCUCCGUCUACUCCGCCGCGUUGAAGGAGCCGCCGAUGCGCGUGCAGGCCGCGGCCGCCGAGGCCAUCGCGUCGCUGGCGCACCAGAGCCCGAGAUGCCAGGACUUGUUCGCGCAGAACAACGCCGUCCGGCACCUCGUGGGUCACCUCGCCGCUGGAACCAUCCAAGAGCACAGCAGGUACUCUGUCGGAGGAAGCAGCACCCGGCACGCUGCGCCUCCUCCGCCGGAGCACAUGAGGUCGCUUCACUCGGUUGUGCUGGCCAGCACGCCCAGCAUGCUCCCAGGAAUCUCUGGUCACUCCGCCAACGAACCGCCGAGCUCGUCGGAAGGCUCGACUGGACGCAACAACCAGAUGCAAUCCGCGGCAGCCGGCAGGACGACGACGAACCGGGUCACGGCUCCACCACCCAGUAGGCCCCAGCUGAGCUCAAACGGUUCGAGCGGCCGUGGACCGCGCGAGACCGAGGACCCGGCCACCAAGGCGCACAUGAAGGCCAUGGCGGCGAAGGCUCUGUGGAAGCUUGCCCGCGGCCAUCCGGGAGUCUGCAAGAGCAUAACAGAGUCCCGCGCGCUCCUCUGCUUCGCCAGGCUGCUCGAGAAGGGCGACGACGGCGCAGGCACGCACCUGCAGUACUACUCCGCCAUGGCGAUCAUGGAGAUCACCCGCGUCGCCGAGCACAACCUCGCGCUGCGGCAGUCCGCAUUCAAGCCCAGCUCGCCGCCGGCCAAGGCCGUCGCCGAGCAGCUGCUCUGCAUUGUGCGCAGGGGGGAGUACGAGGACCCGCUGCUGCUCCCGUGCAUCACCUCGCUGGGCUGCCUGUCGCGCACCUUCACCGCGAGCGAGACCCGCGUGAUCGGCCCGCUGGUGCGGCUGCUCGACGACCGCGAGCCCCCGGUGGCCAAGGAGGCCAUCGUGGCGCUCACCAAGUUCGCGUGCACGGAGAACCACCUGCACGUGAACCACUGCAGGGCCAUCGUGGACGACGGCGGGGCACGGCACCUCGUCCAGCUCGUGUACCUCGGGGACGAGCUGCAGAUCGAGGCGCUCAUACUGCUCUGCUACAUCGCGCUGCAUGUCCCGGAGAGCGAGGAGGUGGCGCAGGCCGGGGUGCUCGCCGUGCUCCUGUGGGCGUCGAAGCAGUCGCAGUUGGUGCAGGACCUGCGCGUCGAGCGACUGCUGUCGGAAGCCAAGGCCCGGCUAGAUCUCUUCCAGUCCAGGGGGUCGAUCAUCUAGGUGACACUGUGAUGAUGGUUCUUCCUGCACUGAAGUAUAUUUGCUUAGAUUUAUGUCGACCAUUCUUUGCUGAUUCCAGAUUCCAGAUUCAAUUGUUUUGCUUUGGUAGAGUGUACAUAGCACGCUUCUGUUUGCCUUGAAGGACAUGUACAUGCAGUGUAGACCUGUUCUUGUGGCAUUUAUGCUGAUCAUUUUAUAUGAACAAAACUGCAAAUUGGAGAA